CCUGGCCAGCGCGACGAUUCUUUCCUCCAUCUGUUCGCAUCGGCCGGGCCGCCGCCGCCGUCACGACUCGCCACACCUCGCUGGGCCAGCCAUGGAGCUCGAUCUCCCGCCGCCGCGACAGGCACCGCCGCUGACCGACCUGGCCACCGCCAUCCGCCUGGCCGCCGAGGCCGCGGCCGCGCUCUCCGCGCCAUCAUCCUCCUCGGCCGCAGCCGCCGCGGCUGCCACCCUCCGCGACGCUCACGCCGCCAUCGGCAGCUUCCUCUCCCGCCUCGACGCGCCCGCCGCUGUCCCGUCAGACAACGAUCAGCCCAUGGCGGAUGGCGGCGAGGCGGCGGAGCCGAUGAUCGGGGAGGUGGAGGACGGGCUCCGGGAGUGCGCCCUGCAGGGGAACAAGCGCCGGAAGCGGCCCGUCCCGCCUUCGUGGCCCCUCGGGCCGCGUUCGAGUGGCGCUUGCGUGGGACCGGAGGCCACCGCCGAGCCGGUGCUGGACGUGCAACGGCGGCGGGGCGCCGCCAUGGAUCUCUUGCUGCAGUUCCAUGCGUAGGAUGAAGGGUUCAUGAAUCAUGAGUAGCAUAGGAACAAAAUGAGGAGCACCAGCCGCGGCACCUUUGGUCAUCUUGUUCUUCAAACAGAUUGCACAGCCAGAGCAAACAACAUUCCACACCGAGGCAGCUAGGAUGAACACAGUGGUAGUUGAGCAAAAAUAUAUGAAUACAACGAGAAUCUGAGACACUUAGAGAUCCGAGUGGCAUGUCGGUAGAAUGCUUCGGGCCUUCGGUAGUUUUGUUUCUGAACAAACGGGCUAGAUCCUCCUGUACUUCGUUUCCUUCUAUCAUUUGACAUCAGAAUGAUAAACAGACAGACUGGUGCUUGCUCAACUUGUCCUGAUGUCCAGCUUAUUACUCCCUCUGUCCUGAA